AUAAUUGCAUAAUAUAAGAUACAAAGAAGAUUUGAGAUAAAGCAUCACGUACUGUAAGCGAAGAGAACUGUUCCUGCAAAAUAUACAGAGUUAAUAGAACCAUGCACAUGGUGAACACAGAACAUUAAACAUUCAGGACUUAGAAACAUUAAGAAAACACACCACGCCCAGACCUUGUCCUAAAUAUAACUGCACUGAGACAGUUUAUAAUUGGGUCAAACAGAAUUCUGCAAAACUGCAGGCUUUAAAUCCUUGAUCUAGUUAAACCAUUCCGUGCAGAUUCAUCCUUGGUUUUCAAGGUUCUAUCCUAUAAGUAUAGAUCUUCUGAGAAGAAGAAAGAUUUAUGAAUAUUGCUUCUCCGAUACCAAAAAUCAAAUCCGAAGGAUACAUGCGUCUGAAGAUCUCUCCCCCCUCCUCCUAUCUUCAGACAGAAACCAUGGAUAGAGGUUGAGGCCGGGAGAGAACUUGGUUGUAUAUAGUGGCCUCGGACUCAGUAAAGAGGAGUCGUGUAGGGACGAGUGUUGGAGCAACAGCGCUUCUCAAGUUAUACCCAGAGUAGCCAAGAGUUAUGGUUCUAUUGCUUCUCUCUACUAUUAUUCUAUCAAGUAUAUUCAGUGUGAGUGGUCAGCUGCCCCAUACCCUAGAUCUGAGCUGGUUUGAAGAGGUAGAAAACUGGGGAGUAAAGGAUCCAGUUCCAUUUCAGUUCUCAGAUUAUGAUUACUUCCAGACUAGGAAGAACGAAGCGAUAUACAGAGAAUACUGGGUUGCUUGUGAACAGUCUCCUGUCUGCUGGGAAGUCCAGGGACCAAGCAUAGAACAUAGUAAUUGUGUAAGGCAGUGUAUGUCUCCUGGUUGCUACUGGGAUAUCUAUGGACGGGAUGAACUAGAGGUUGGAGAAAUUGACUCAAUGAUCAGUUCUGUUUCCUUAUUCAAACAUCUUUCUCAUUCUCGGGGAUGAAGAUAAAUCUUCUCCGGGUAUUCUGAACAUAUACCCACAUCCUUCUCUUCCACAAUCUCUAGGCUUUAAAGUUAACCUGGAGAAGUUUGAACCGAUUCUCAAGUUGUCAAGUUCUCCACUUUAGUCAAUUUAUCCCUGGUCCUUAUUCAAUUUAGGGUCUAGGGAUUCAACCUAAUCAGAGUAUACUGCAAAUUCAUAGAAAAUAUAUUUAUAGAAUUUUAUUAAAGCAUAUUGCAACCCGUUCAUUGAGCUUAGUCCAACUUUAAAAACUUGUACGGACGUUUUUUACAAUAUUGGCUCAAUCAUUUCUGAUCUAAACUCUACCUUUUUAAUUCAAAAGAAGGUUAAAUACAUCAUACAACCCAGUUUACUUUUUUUAAUAAAAUUUUAGAUUUAUCGAGCAAUUGUGGAUUCAGUGAUAAAUGUUUAUUGUGUUUCUUUUUCUGUCUAUUCAACACAAAAUU